AAACAGAUGUGAUGAAGCUGCUUAUGAGUGACCAUGAAGUCAGUCUCAUUAACAACAGGAUGCAAGAGUUCAUGAUCAAGUUCAAAGGUCCAACAGACUCUCCGUUUGAAGGGGGCACUUGGAAGAUCCAUGUCGAACUACCUGAUCAGUAUCCUUAUAAAUCGCCAUCUAUUGGGUUUCAAAACAAAAUCUUCCACCCAAAUAUCGACGAGUCCUCCGGGUCUGUUUGCCUUGAUGUGAUAAACCAGACAUGGUCCCCAAUGUUCGACCUGUGUAAUAUCUUUGACGUAUUCCUGCCACAGCUCUUGUGCUAUCCGAACCCUGCUGAUCCCUUGAACACCAACGCUGCGGCUCUUAUGAAGCAGGACAAAACAGAGUACGAGAGCAGGAUCAGGGAAUAUGUCAAGAGAUAUGCAAAUAACCCUGACUUCAAGAUUGAAGAUACUUCAGACACUGGCAGUGAGGACGAGCUGAGCGAAGUUAGUGAUUUGAGCGACGAAGAUGAUGAGGACGAAGUUAUCGACCCUGAAGAGGAGGAGGAGGAGGAGGAGGACGACGACGAUCAAGAUAUGGAACUAUGACAUACAACACACCAUGAACUAAGAAUAAAUGAAUCUUUGCUUUAGUUCUAGUUCCCUCCCAUAGUCAUUAGGUUAUCCUGCCAUGUGGAGUCUUACGAGGCCAUACCCCGGUAUAUACACAUCCAAACACCUCAACAUCUGAACACCCAGUUUAAACCAAC